UCCCCAUCUACAAACCCUAAAUCCCGUGCCGUCCCCUCCCGAGCCCUCGUACAGAGAGCAGAUCUGAGUAGCGCCGAGACUUCCUGGAUGGCGAACUUCAGGAUGGACGACGACGACGAGUUGUUCCACCGCUACGACCCGGAGGUGCUGGCCGCCAACGGCAUCGAGUACCCCCCCGGCGAUGCUAGGAUGCGCAUCAAGUGGUGGGCUUUUCUGAUGCAAGUGGAGGGUAAUUUGACUCUUACAAAGAUGUCGAUACCUUCGGCAAAUAUCAUCAGGUAUCCAGAUCAAAUGGAGAAGGCAUGGGGAUGGUGGAGGCUACUGCCGAUCUAUCAGUGCCUCGAUUCGGACAGGCCCCUCUACCGGGAGUACCUCUGCGAGUACUACCUCCGCAAUCCUCCUGAAUCUGUUGAUGACUCUGCCUCUACCGGGCACAAGUUUGUUGUCCGAUCUGCAUGGACAAAUGAGAAUGGCCGUCUCAUUCCUCUCGCCCGCAAGUGUCUGGAGAUGGAGGCCAAGUUCAUUAGUCUAUGUAAGAGGAACAAGAUAAAAUUAAAUGACACUGAGACUGCCCUGAGCCACAAAAUCAAGCAGCAUGCGCAGGACAUAGUCGAUGGAGUGUGUGAAUAUGCUGGUGCAUAUGCUGCCGCCGCUGCUUUGGUGUGUAUCUGCAAAGAGGCUGAGUUGAUGUGCGAGAGGGCUAUGUGCGGGAGAUACAGCUCUGGUAACAUGACUUGCAUUCUCUGCAAUCAGAUCAGAGAGCAUGCCAUCAGUCUUAUGUUGUACAAAGGGUCUGGAUCCAUCGCCGCCGCUGCUGGUGCCGCCAUGGUGGGCGCUGCAAAGGAAGCCAAGCUGUUACGUGAGAAUCUGAGCGAUCUAAGCUGCGAUGAAGCAAUGUCUGCUUUCAUUCGGGAGGAAGCCUGUUGCAUUCUGCACGACAUGCACACUGAAGCUUUUGGUGCUAAUGGGAAGAACAACAUUGCUGCUGCUGCUGCUGCUGCUGAUGGAGCAGAUAUGUCUACUAGGAUCAACACUGUUGGGAAUUUGACCUGUACUGCAUGUAAUGGCAAGGAAGAUCACAAGAGGGAGCUAGGAAGUAAUGGUUACGCAGAAUGGAAUGAUGAUAAGGAAAACAUGGAAAGUAGUAACGGGAACAACAUUGUUACUGCUGCUGCUGCUGGAGUAGAGAAACCUACAAGGAUCAGAGCUCUUCGGGACUUGACUUGUACUGCAUCUAGUGGCAAGGAAGAUAAUAAGAGGACACUAAGAAGUAAUGGGUGCACAGAAAGGAAUUAUGCCAAGGAAAACAUGGAGAAUGUGAAUCAGAAGACCGGGGAAGAAUACGUGUGGAAAAACGAGACCGAAGAAGAAGCUUACAAGGAAGCUGCAUAAUAACUGCCAAACCAGAGAAGCGAGAGAAGUGGAAGAGGAUGGCUAACUUGACGUGGGCUUAUGGGUGUGGUGGAACUUGGUUCAGAUGGUUUUUAGUUGUGAGAUUGUUCUUACAAACCGUACUACUCUGUUUCCUUCAGUACCUAUAUUAAUGUUGGAUUGAUGCUAUGAACCAUAUUGAACCUGCUUGGUUUGUAAUCAAAUCUGGGUAAUAUUAGCGGUCCACCCUUGGAACUGGAGUUAUGAAUUACUCCCUCCGUUCCGAAA